UGAGUGAGCUCUUCUUAACGAGGUCUAUCCCGUCCUGUCAGGAGAGGAAAAACAGCCUCUGUGAUGCGCCAUGGGGACCAGUUUAUAAGGAGAAAUAAACCAGAUGUGUUUUUCCAAAUGUCUGAGUUGGUGUAAUACUGGAGGUGGACGCGCAGACCUGAGCAACAUCGCUGUGUUGUUGUUGGAGCUGUUGUCGCUAACAUUACCCAGCAGCAGCAGCCAACAUGGCUGAGGAUGACAGCGAGUGGGUGAUUGAGAGCAUCGUUGGCUACCUAGGGAGCCCGGAAUGGGUCAUCCCUGUCACGGACUUUAUGGAAAACAAAUGCACAGUUUUCGAUGACGAAGAUGAAAAUAAGUUAUCUUACACAGAAAUCCACGUGCAGUAUAAGAAACUGGUGGAGAAGCUGUUAGAAAAUUACAUGCAAGAGGUAGGCAUCAACGAGCAACAGUUUCUGGAUGCAUGCACCUCUCCUUUUGCCAAGUCCAAAACACUGCAGACUGUGUUUCAGCCUGUCCUGGCUACAGAUGACUUCCAGAUUUUUCGCUCUCUAAUGGUCCAAAAGAACAUGGAGCUGCAGCUUCAAGCCCUCAGGGUCAUUAAAGAAAGGAAUGGGGCCCUCCCAGACUGUUUGACUGAUGGUGUGGAUGUGAUGACAGAGCUCCAGCAGCAAGAGAUGAAAAUUCUGCAAGAGGUUCUCAAGAAAUCAAAAGAGGAGUAUGAUGAGGAAAUGUCCAGGAGGCUGCGAUUAGAGGAAGAGGUUGGUUCCACCUCCAGCAGCUGCUCUGAUAAACCAAUGGCAGAAACCAGGGAAGCCCAUAAUGCUGUGCCUGCUCCCAGCCAACAGAGCAACGCUGCCAAGGCCAAAACCAAGGGGAAUGGUGACAGCAGCAGCAGCAGCAGUAAUGAUCACCACAUCCCUCUUGUGAACGGACACAUUGAAUCAAAUCUGGUAAAUGGCAAAGCUUUAAAAAAAGAAGAGAGCAAGACAGCUGCUCCUGGAGGUGCAGCUAAGAGCAGAUCCACCUCUAAAGUCAAAGCAGACAGUGACAGUAACGGUGUGGAGUCCCGAGUCCUUCCGGCAGUGAGAGCUUCAUCAAAGCCCUCUGAACCCUCUGUCAGCCUCAGUCCUGAAUCCAAGCAGCAAAGCAGCAGCAGCAGCCAGAAUGCAGCUGAGAUGUGGCUAGAAGAGGCACACAGGGAGGCUGGCUUCUCUAAACCAUAUACGGAGUUAACAGCGUCUCAGCAGGAGCAGCUCCAGCAGAGGGCGACAUAUCUCCGUCAGCAGCGAGACAAGCUGCACGCACUGAAAAAAGAACAGCAGAAAAGCAAGCAGAAGACGACCCCAGAGGAGAUAACUGCCACCACCACAACAACCACCACAACCAACACUACCCCGGAUGCAGUGGGGCAGUCCCAGAGGAACGGGGCCUGUACCCCUCCUGCUCCUCUUCCUCCUCUCACUCCAGCACAGCACUCAACUGCUAACUCCUCCAAACAGAAGGAGAUAUCUGCUGAGGAGAAGAAGAAGCUGCAGAAGAGAAAACAUCUGGCUGACAAGCUGAAAGAGGAAGUAAUCAAGAAAUAACUUCCUGCUCCAACUGCAAUAUUCUCAUCUCUGUCCUAUCUGUGUACUUUGAUAAUCAGACAUAAAGGCUUCCUUUACACCACCUCCUUCAGCCAGAUUACUCACUCUAUAAGGGAGUUUUUUUUUCCAAAGAAAUAAAUAGUACAAGGUCUUCCUUCUUCAGCAUUCUGUACAUUGCUGUCUUUGUCGGAGGACAGUGCAUCUCCUUUUACCUGUUCAGUAUGCGUCUGUCUUCUCUCAUAAGGGACCACUCAAGUAUUGUAAGACCUUUUAGACUGUUGCACAUGUCACUUCAACUCAAAAGCACAAGAACUAGUCAGGUAACAUGCUGACACUAUUGAAAGCU